AUGUACGACACUUACCACCAGCAAGCUGCCGCCGCCCAGGCCUCCAGUUCCUCCCGGUCAAAUCUUAACAACGAAGCCGCAGACACAGCCGACAGUGUCCCAGCAACAGCAGCGGCAACAACAGGAGCAGCCAACACAACUCUCCACAGACAGCAACAACAGUUCGCCCAGGACUUCUGGGAGGAGCAGAUUGUUGCUGCUGAGCAAUACGAUUCCGACUUUAAGAACCAUCCACUCCCGUUGGCUCGUAUCAAGAAGGUCAUGAAGUCGGAUCCAGAGGUUAAGAUGAUUUCUGCAGAGGCCCCCAUCCUAUUCUCCAAAGCUUGUGAAAUUUUCAUUUGCGAGAUCACUCGACGGGCAUGGCUGCAUGCGGAAGAGAACAAACGGAGAACCCUGCAAAGGAGCGAUGUGGCCAAUGCCGUCUCUCGGUCGGACCAGUUCGAUUUCUUGAUCGAUAUUGUGCCCCGCGAGGAGCCACCCAAGCCCUCCCACAAAAAGUCGUCUACCCGCGAGGAUGUUGCACCCGAGGCCGAGGCGUAUGACGACCAACAGCAGCAGCCCUAUGCACAGUACUACCAGCAGCCAGCCGGAGGAUUGCCAGGAUAUCCUCAUGCGAUUGAUCCCCAGUUUUACCAAGCCGUCUCCCACGACCAAUUCCAGCAAUACAUGCAGUAUCAAGCUGCCUACCAGACCCCACCCACAUCCACAGGAGCCGGAGCAGCAGCAGCAGCAGCAGCAGCCACAUCGACCACGGGAGGAGCAUCACCACCACCCCACACAGCUGGUUCUGCUACCUCUGUUAGUCGGAACGGAUACCCUCAGGAAGCUGGUGCUGCUCGACAGAACUAG